AUGCCUGGAACAUACCGCAAGAGCCAGAGGGAGGUGAUUGGCCAAUUGGGGAGGCAACGGGGAAUGGGUGACCUGGGCGGGAGUCAGGGUACUUCCGGGGUACCUUCCUAUGAGGCUGAUGGUGAGCUCAGCACACGCCCUUUUGAAUCUUCACUGCUCCAAAAUGGAAGCCUUUUAAGCUCCCCGUCUCGGACGCUCUCGUCUUUCUCCACUGAGAACGACACCAUUACUCCUCACGGAACCCCGUCUUAUUUCUCCCCUCAACACCCUUCUUCAGAGUCUCCUAUCCCAGGAUCUCUGAACUUCAGCAUCGCAUCGCGUAGCUCAAGUUCUCCCCACAUUACCAUCUCCCCGAUCGACAUUUCGUCGUUCACUACGGAUCAAUUCCAGCAACCAUGGCUUCCCACGCCCCCGCCCACACAGCCCUUGGCUUCCAGUUCGAUCAACAGCAACAACAGCAACAACAACAACAGUGCGCAAGAGGACUUUGUACUCUAUCCCGCCCCGCCAGCUCCCCGUCCGCAGCCUCGAUCCAGAGACUCGCGUGCGCUAGUACCCUCGAGUACUGCCCUUAAACCAUCGGCUCUCCAGCCCUUCUUGGCGCAGAAUCACCCUCGAAGACAAUCCUUCAGCCUGCAGUUGCAACGCCACCUUCAGCAGCAGUUCUCUGGCUCUCCUGUCCCAGACCCCAGAGUGACCAAGCUUGCCCGGUCUCCUUCCUACUGGUCUCAUCCCAAUUCAACCACGCACUCCCCGCGACCUCACGCCGCGUCCGUGCCUUCACUGUCACCUCACAACCGUCCACCUGUUCCCCAGUUUCCUUCCACGCACAAGAGCCAAAAUAUACAGGCUUCCCGCCGCAAUAUGUCGACUCCCAACUUCCAAGAUCACGACGCUGAGCUCUUUGGCCUGCCCUCGGCCGGUCUCACCGCCGGCAUGGGUUCGCCCCUCGGCCUCGGCCAGCUUCCGCUGGACUCCGAUGCCGAUAUUUUCUCACCUGUCGCGCCCCAGGGCACCGUCUCGCCGAAGGACCUCAUACCUGCUGAAUCAGCAGGAGGAGUGGCCCCUCUCUUCCACGAUGCUUCUGCCACGAAUGUCUUCGACAAUUUCGACCUGGCUGCCGCUCUGGGCGAGCCUGAGAAGCAGGACAUCGCGCAGGCUGCCGUUUCCAUGACGCCCAAGCGCAUGGCUGCCGCCAAGUCCAUCUCCUCGCCCAUCUCGGCCACCGGCACCACCAGGCACUCCAGCGUCUCCGGCAUCUCUCGCCAGCGCAAGGAGCUCUCCCCCAUUGCGUUCGAUCCCAGUGACCCUAUCGCUGCCAAGCGUGCACGCAACACUGAGGCCGCUCGCAAGUCGCGUGCCAAGAAGCUUGAGCGUCAGACUAAUGCGGAAACGCGCAUCGCUGAUCUGCAGCGUCAGCUCGCCGAGCGUGAUGAGCUGAUCGCUCACCUGCAGGCUCAGCUUGAGGCGCACAAGCAGUUCGCUUGA